GCCAAUUUUCAGCCCAGGGGUUUCAUGCCCAUGACCAGCCCACUUUUUUUUUCAGGAAAGUGAAAACUGGAUAAAUGAGUCAAUACUUCACUUCUUAUUAUUCACUGGUUUCAUUUGCUUUUUUCAAAUAUGAACGAAACACAAGUUCUUCACAUGUGAGUACAGCCAAAAAGGCACCAGAACCAGGAUUUUCCUGCUUCCGCAACUGAGAGGCUGGCUAGCCCCGUAUGUUCUGCAAACUUUUACACCAUGACUUCUACAUUUGCUGAGCUCCAACUGCCUGCUACUGAUCCUCAGCAGACACAAUUUCAUGAAGAAUUUCACAGUUCAAUGGAAAGCCUUGAAGUUUUCAGUCUCCCAAAUGAAGACAGCUAUUCUAUCAAGCAAAUGGAAGGAGUGGUUCACAGCCAACUGGAAGAGCGAGUCCGACCUUACAUCGAUCUGGUGGACUCCCUGAGAAUGACUGGCAUUGAAAGGGACCUAUCGCUGCCGGCCAUUGCUGUGAUUGGGGACCAGAGCUCUGGGAAAAGCUCCGUAUUGGAAGCCUUGUCUGGGGUGUCCCUGCCCAGGGGCAGUGGUAUCGUGACACGCUGCCCGCUGGAGCUGAAGCUCCGGAGGCUGAAGGGGGGAGUCCAGUGGCACGCGGUCAUCUCCUACAAGGAUGAGUACAUCGAGUUUAAUGACCCUUCAAAGGUCGAAAGCUACGUGGCAAAAGCUCAAAACGAUCUGGCUGGAGAAGGUGUGGGAAUCUGUGAGGACCUCAUCACUUUGGAGAUCAGCUCCCAAGAUGUGUGUGAUCUCACUCUGAUUGAUCUCCCUGGGAUUGCCAGGGUACCUGUGAAAGGUCAGCCAGAUGAUAUAGCUGAACAGAUCAGAAGCCUAAUUAUGAAAUUCAUCAAAAAGAGGGAGACCAUUAAUUUGGUUAUUGUCCCAUGUAAUGUUGACAUAGCAACAACAGAAGCUUUGAGAAUGGCCCAGGAAGUGGAUCCUGAAGGAAAGAGAACUCUGGAGUUCCACUUCUGUUUUAAUGCUGUUUUUUUUCCUCAGACAUUAACAAAUUUCAAUGAGAAGAUCAAUCGUCUGGUAUCAGGAGAUGUUGUGAAUGAGGAGAACUUGUUUGUCCUCCUGCGGGUUGAGUUUAAAAAGUGGAAAGAUCACCUUGAUGGCUCCAAAACUGAAUUCCACAAAAUCAUUGAGGAAGUCGUAGAUCAAUAUGACCUUAGACACAGAGGGCGAGAGCUCCCCGGGUUCAGUAAUUACUGUGUGUUUGAGACGGCCGUCCAGAAGCUGGUGGUACAACUGAGAAACCCAGCGCUGGAGACUCUGAGGGUCACCAGAGAGAUUGUUCAGAAGCAGCUUACUGAUGUUGCGAAAAAUUGCUUCAGUAUUUAUCCGUUUCUUCAGUGCGUCUCUUUGAAUAAGAUUGAUAAUAUCCAGUCGAAGCAGGGGGGAAAGGUAGAAGAGAGGAUCAUUGAGCAGUUUGACAUGGAGGAGCUGGUCUACACCCAAGAUGGCAUCUACUUCAAAAGUUUGACUGGAAACACUGGUCAAAAUGUCUCUGCAGACAAUUUUUCUGGCUAUGACAGCAGGCUUAUGUACCCUGAGAUGCUCAAGGCUUACUAUGAGAUCGUUGUGCAGCGACUGGCAGAUAUGCUGCCCAUGCUGAUCCGAUUCUUCAUGCUGAAGCAGUCGGCGAAAAUGCUCUGCCAUGAGAUGCUGAAGCUGAUGGAUGGCGGGAACGUGAACGAGAUGUUGAAAGAGGAAUCGGAUGUCAGCCGACAGAGGGCGGAGCUGCAGACCCGCAUAGAUCGGCUCAGCAACGCUCAGGAGAAGAUCAACAAUUUCUACUGAUGGGAAAAUCUCCACGUUUGUUCAUAACAGAUACAAAAAGCACAGAAUCUGCUCUUUCUAGGAUAAACAAUUAAUUAACUCAAGUUCUUUUUCUAGGCCUACCACUUACCAUCAAAAAAUCUUUAUCAUUGCUUAAAAGUAAUUUCUUACGUAAUAAAACUUGAAAAUGCAUACACGAUGUUCAACUUUUGAAUAAAAUGUCACAAAACACUGUCUGUUUGGAAAUAUGAACGAGCAAAAAAAUAAAAACUAAUAUUUCUUUCUCUGAGCACUGAGG